GUGGUUGAGGUUUCCGUACCGGAGGGAUUGCUACUCCUUUCCCAGCUUCAGGAAAGCAGAGUUGACACUGCGAGAUAAUAAGGCUCUUGCUGCCGUUGGCUGAAGAGCGCCGUAGGAUGCAGAAAAAUUUUGGUCCCUAUGUUGACUUGUUGAGACAAACACAAAUAUGGCCUUCUACAGUUAUAAAACAGUCUUAGCUAUUGCCCGAGCAAGAUCCCCUAGCCAUUGUGUCCAUCCCACCAGCUCUUCUCACUCCCCAUCAUUUGCAUUUCUUCACUUACCAGAUUCCCAUUUAAAUAAAACAUAUAUGAAGAGCUAUGGCAGCAAGAAGUACUCCUAUCCUACUCAGACAGGCCAUAAAGUACUUCACUUAAGGACUAGAGUAAUACAAAAGCUGCACACAUCUGCUUACUGGCUGCAGGAGGUCCCGGGUAAACCUCAGCUGGAGCAAACCGCAAAGAAGCCACAGGUGCCAAGCCCUCAGCCAACAGAAGAAACUGGAGUGAAGAUUAAGGAAGAAAAGCGAUCUUAUAGGCAGAUAAUUAUGGAUGAACUUAAAUAUUAUCACAAUGGAUUCUAUUUGCUUUGGAUUGACACCAAAGUUGCUGCCAGAAUGGUUUGGAGGCUGUUGCACGGACAGGUGCUGACCAGACGAGAGGGACGAAGGCUGUUGAGAACGUGUGCUGAUUUAUUCCGCCUGGUUCCAUUUAUGGUGUUCAUCAUUGUUCCCUUCAUGGAAUCCUUAUUGCCAGAGUUUCUGAAACUCUUCCCAGAGAUGUUGCCAUUCUUUGAAAGUGAAUCCAAAAAGGAAGAAAAACAGAAAAAGAAAAUGGCUGCAAAGUUGGAACUAGCAAAAUUCCUUCAAGAAACGAUUGCAGAAAUGGCAAGGAGGAACAGGGCGCAGCUGGGGGAUACCUCCACCCAGUUUGCAUCCUACAUUAAACAGGUCCAGACAGGCCACAAGCCCAGCACAAAGGAGAUAGUUCGCUUUUCCAAACUCUUUGAGGAUGAGCUGACCUUGGAGCACCUCGAUCGAUCUCAGCUGGUGGCCCUUUGCAAACUUCUGGAACUGCAGUUCUUUGGAACCAACAAUCUGCUCUGCUUCCAGCUCCUGAUGAAGCUGAAAUCUAUGAAAGCAGAUGAUGAAGUAAUUGCCAAGGAAGGGGUGAGUGCUCUGAGCCUGUCAGAGCUGCAAGCGGCCUGCAGGGCCCGGGGGAUGCGCUCACUGGGUCUCACUGAGGAGCAGCUGAAGCAGCAGCUCACAGAGGGGCAGGACCUCCACCUGAAGGAGAAUGUCCCUCCUCCUCUUUUGCUUCUGUCCCGAACCUUCUACCUGAUAGAUGUGAAGUCAAAGCCAACUGAGAUACCACUCAGUGGGGAGGCUCCCAAGAUGGAUAUUCCCGUGGGAUCACCCACUUCCUCUGAAUCUAAAGAGAACAUGGCGGGUUUAGCACUUCAACUGAAGGGAACUAAGGAUGAAGAACUGAUACAGCUGCCGCCAGCUACAUCAUCACUUACACCAUCAAAUCCUAUUUCAUUAUGUAAAGGAUCCAUCACUUCUGCUAAAGAAGCUGCAGAAUCACAAGACAACCCAGAACAGCAAGGCUAAUUCGAAUGGAGCAUAAGGACUCAUGGAGGAUGGAGCGCCCUCUCUGGCUUCCUGCCCUCAGCAAUGGCAUCCGUAAAGGACAUCCCAGCCAACACUACCUAUGUCUGGUUUCAGAUAUAAGAUCAGACAUUUAGUCCUUGGGGCGGUCUUUUGAGGCCUUGUAACCAUUCAGAUGAUGUCAGCAGCAAGACCAAGUUCAGACCAUUUGGAAAACUAUAAUUGCAAAGUCCAUUUCCCCUGUAGCAUUAGGUCAUCCCACUGGACCUUGUGUAAGGCCCACCCGCCAUGUUGUUUUCCAACAGCUUCGUGUCCUUUAAGGGAGGAAAUUUUUUGCAUAAUGGAAUCAGCUUGGUGCCUCAGAUACCUCUCGUCUCCUCUGGCUUGGUAACCCGGGUAAGAACUUGGGUACCUCCGAAGCCAGUGAUGGUGAGAAUGCCUGACCCAUCAGUAGGAACAGUGCCCUGGAAACUACCUUCUGAGACAGAAUGGAUAUAACUCCCCAGUUAAGUCUUCCUGGAUAUAAAGAAGAAAAAGCUUCUUGGAGAAGCAAAUGGGGAGUUCAACAGACUGGCAAUCAGAAAGACUUGGCCGCGGCUUGGCUGUUCUGAGACAGCCCCUCUCGGGCCUGCAGAGGCUGCAGGGAUCUGGGAGGCUGCCACUCUUCCAGCACAUAUGGCUUCCAUUAGCCUCCAUUUGCUAGGAAACAUAAUUAAGGGUUUAAGAC